CACAUUGUUAUCGAGUACUUGCGAUACAAUCAGAAAUCAAUCACUUCCGUUUAUUAGUGAAUGCGGAUUAGCGAGCGGAUUAGCUUCGUGCCAUUGUGACAUUAAAAACUUUGACAAACAGCUGGUUGUAACAACUGGUGAUGCUGUCCAGACAGUUUGCCCGUAGUGGCCAAUCCUGUAUAGUAGCGAGAUGGUUUACUCGUAGCAGUAUUACAAGAGAAUCUAAUCAAGCACCAAAAAGUAGUAAUACUCCAAAAGAUCAAGAAGAUGUCUUAGGAACGCGUAUGCAUCGUGUAACCAAUUUUGAUAAACUAGUGUUGGCUUGGGUAAAACGAUAUCCUAGCGUUGCAGAAGUUCCUGAAAAAGUUACAAUUGAUUGUUUACUCACUGCAAGGAGUAAAGCUCGAAUUAAAACUAUAAACUACAUGAUAGUUAUGAGUAUAAUUGGUUGCAUAAUUGCUGCGAUACUGGGGAAGAGACAAGCUGAGAAAGGAGAAAAUUUGUCUAAAAUGAGAGAUGAUUGGUAUCAGGAAAUGUUGGACAAGGAUAAAAAUAAAUAGAAAUGACAAACUAUAAAGUUUCAUAACAUUCACUCGGCAGAGAUGAGAAUGGAGAAACAUAGAAACAAGAUAGAAUUAUUUAAGAUACAAAAUUUUAAAAAGCGCGAGCAGAUGUGAAACAAUCUCACUAUUACUCUAUCACUUAUGAUAUUACUUAUGAUAUUUUUCAUAAGGCAUUAAAUGUUUUGGUUUGAUUGCUUGUAUUUGUAAUGUAUAACGAGCGUUUUAUAAAAUAGUAUUUCCUUACAAUAACCAGAUAAUAAAACACACUCCCUAUAUAUGUAUAUGUGUAUAUACAUGCAUCUAUUGUACAAUUACAUUGUUUAAGUGAGGAGCCUUGAUUUAUGUACAUUAUUGAUAAUUCAAUUUGUUGGCGAUACAUACAACAUUGUAGACCCGACCAUAUGAUCUAUAUGAUUCAUGUACAUUAUUCCUUGUAGAUGAUACACAAAUGUAAUAAACGCUCGUAGAAAGAU